CUUUUGGUUUCCCACAGAGGGCAGCUGGAGGCGGCGGCGGAGGCCCAGCAGGCUGUUCCAUAAUCCAGGGGUGACAGAAGAAAAGGUCCUCUGGGAAACUGAUGUCAGCCUAGACUUGGCUGACUGAAGUAAGUUCUCCCCAGAGGACCUGAGUGUGCAGGGCGGACUGUAUGGGAGAAGGCGAGCCCGCAGAUCCACCAAGAUGUCCAGUGCCAACCCUUCUGGUCACAACUGGGGCCGGAAAUCGAAAGCGGCGGAGGAGGAAGAAGAUCCCUUUGACCAAAUGAUUGCACGCACCGGCUGUGCCAAUCUGCAUUAUGCGGUGCAGGAGUGUAUGGGCGAGCACCAAGACUGGCGCAGGUGCCAGCAGCAAGUGCAGAGCUUUAAGGACUGCAUGAGGGAGUAUCAGAAGCAGCAGGCGGAAGAGGUGCAGAGACGGCAGAAGCUGCACCGCUCCACGAGCUGACUGAAGGCGAACU